CUGGGGUCCGUCCGAGCCGCCGCCGGCCGCCCUCGCACGUGAAGCGCAGCGCGGCCUCCGCUCGCGGGCCGCCCCCUCUCACCGCGGAGCGUCUCGGAAGCCCCGGGGAGCCGGAAGCGGCCGGGGGCGGGCAGGGGCGCAUCCGGAGCCCGGCGUGAGGCGGCAGGGCGCGCGGCCGGCGCCAUGUCCCUGAUCUGCUCCAUCUCCAAUGAGGUCCCAGAGCACCCGUGCGUGUCCCCCGUGUCCAAUCACGUGUACGAGCGGCGGCUCAUCGAGAAGUACAUCGCGGAGAAUGGGACCGACCCCAUCAACAACCAGCCGCUCUCCGAGGAGCAGCUCAUCGACAUCAAAGUUGCUCACCCGAUCCGGCCCAAGCCUCCCUCGGCCACCAGCAUCCCAGCCAUCCUGAAAGCCCUGCAGGACGAGUGGGAUGCCGUCAUGCUGCACAGCUUCACCCUGCGCCAGCAGCUGCAGACCACCCGCCAGGAGCUGUCGCAUGCGCUGUACCAGCACGACGCCGCCUGCCGCGUCAUUGCCCGGCUCACCAAGGAAGUCACUGCCGCCCGAGAAGCUCUGGCAACCCUGAAGCCGCAGGCUGGCCUCAUCGUACCCCAGGCUGUGCCCAGCUCCCAGCCGAGUGUUGUGGGUGCAGGUGAGCCCAUGGAUCUGGGUGAGCUGGUGGGAAUGACUCAGGAGAUCAUCCAGAAGCUGCAAGACAAGGCCACGGUGCUGACCACGGAGCGGAAGAAGAGAGGGAAGACAGUGCCGGAGGAGCUGGUGAAGCCGGAGGAGCUCAGCAAGUACCGGCAGGUGGCAUCGCAUGUGGGGCUGCACAGUGCCAGCAUCCCUGGGAUCCUCGCCCUGGACCUCUGCCCCUCCGACACCAACAAGAUCCUCACUGGCGGGGCGGAUAAGAACGUGGUCGUGUUUGAUAAGAGCUCUGAGCAAAUCCUGGCCACCCUCAAAGGCCACACCAAGAAGGUCACCAGUGUGGUGUUUCACCCUUCCCAGGAGCUCGUGUUCUCGGCCUCCCCGGACGCCACCAUCCGGAUCUGGUCGGUCCCCAGCACCUCCUGCGUCCAGGUGGUGCGGGCCCACGAGAGCGCCGUGACCGGCCUGAGCCUGCACGCCACGGGCGACUACCUCCUGAGCUCCUCCGACGACCAGUACUGGGCCUUCUCCGACAUCCAGACGGGCCGCGUGCUCACCAAGGUGACGGACGAGACCUCCGGCUGCUCCCUCACCUGCGCGCAGUUCCACCCCGACGGCCUCAUCUUCGGAACGGGGACCAUGGACUCUCAGAUCAAGAUCUGGGACCUGAAGGAGCGCACCAAUGUGGCCAACUUCCCCGGCCACUCGGGCCCCAUCACCAGCAUCGCCUUCUCCGAGAACGGCUACUACCUGGCCACGGCGGCUGACGACUCCUCCGUGAAGCUGUGGGACCUGCGCAAGCUGAAGAACUUCAAGACGCUGCAGCUGGACAACAACUUCGAGGUGAAGUCCCUGAUCUUCGACCAGAGUGGCACCUACCUGGCUCUCGGAGGCACAGACGUGCAGAUCUAUAUCUGCAAGCAGUGGACGGAGAUCCUGCACUUCACAGAGCACAGCGGCCUGACCACGGGGGUGGCCUUUGGGCACCACGCCAAGUUCCUGGCGUCCACAGGCAUGGACAGGAGCCUCAAGUUCUACAGCCUGUAGCGGCGCCUGGCGGGCGGGCGGCAGGGGACACUUGGGGACGCUCGUGUCAUUUCUCUCUGGGGCUCUGGGGCACCUGAGGGCUGGGCUGCCUGGACCUCCCCAUCCACACGGCUCAGGCCCUGGGGACAGAGCCCGGGCCAGGGGACUGGGGGGGGGAGGGGUCCUGCAGGUUUUAUAAGCAGCGAUUUAGUUUCAUUAAAAAAAGAAAACACACA